AUGCGUUCCAAUAUCAUCUCUACCCUCCUACUAGCCACUACGGUUGUGGCUGGCGCUCACAGCCCGGUUCAGCAACGCAGCGCGAUCAGCACCGACGAUAUUCCCGUGGUCAACCUCGUCACCGGCCUGCUGAAAGCACUCAAUAUCGACGCCGAUGUUACUGUCGACCCUGAUAACCUUGUGAAGCACCUCAGCCAGAGCCAAAAGAACGGAUUGGCGACAUACAAAACUAAGGAUAUACUCGAGUUCGAUAUUCCCGUGAAAGGAUACCUGUUUACAGGUUUCCUGGGAUGA